AUGUCUACUUCCAGCAGUACUUCCUCUGUUAUUCCAGUGUUUAAUGGUGAACAUUAUCACAUUUGGGUUGUCAAGAUGAGGUUUUACUUAAGGUCUCAAGGUUUGUGGAAUGUUGUGAUGUCUGAAGCUGAUCCACCACCAUUGGGAGCAAAUCCUACAAUUGCUCAGAUGAAAGCAUAUGAGGAGGAAAAACUUAAGAAAGACAAAGCCAUCACCUGCCUACAUUCAGGACUUGCAGACCACAUCUUCACCAAAAUCAUGGACUUGGAAACACCUAAACAGCGGGUUAAUGGAUGUUGUAAACCAAUGAGGCUUCUUGGCAAGGCAUUUAUAGAUCAAAAGGUGGUAGAAAAGAUCAUGGUUUCAGUGCCUCAAAAGUUUGAAGCCAAGAUCUCUACAAUUGAAGAGUCUUGUGACUUGUAA